GCAAGAGCCUGCACAAGAGGAAACCCCGACCUUCGCCUCCCCUUUCGAUGGCAUCUACAUAUCUCCAAUUUUCCUGUUGGCACCCCGUUCCAUCCCUUUCCCCAACUCUCCCUUGCUUCUCCUCGGCGCGGCAAAAUGGCACGCAGCGACCAGUAUCAGGAGGUGGUAGAUUUGACUGGAGACAGCGAUGAUGCGACUUCCCCACGACAAUCACUGGAUCGGACAAUAGUCUCCAUGGGCAGAUUCAGACAAUCGGCAGUUGAUACAAACAAGUUCAUCGACCUGACCGUGGAAGAUGGGCUUAACAUCAAUGUGGCUCCUGCUUAUAGACGGAACGAUGCAAGAGAUCCGCUACCCCUUGGUUUUGCAGCCAUUAAUUCUCGAACGCCAAAGCUAUCUGGCAGAGCAUCGCAGCUGCAUCCAAACGACGAUGCAAUGUCCGCUCCCAGAUCCUUCCCUAUUAGGCAGCCGCGCAAAUCAGGUCCUUCCACCAAUUCUCAACAGCCAGGUAAUGGCAGUGAUCUACCCAGGGAAAGUUUUUCUGCUUCAGCAUCAAGCGACAAUGCUCGGUCGGGGUCACGAGGAUAUGCAAUCGGAAGUAGCAGAGUUAGUAGGAUGUCAAUGGACAGUGAGCCAACCAACAGUCAAAGUCAUCUGCCGAAUCCAGGGGUCAAUUCGCGACAUAGCGUGGACAGCCGAACCACGAGGACUGAUUUCACCACCACUAGCAAUGAUACACAAGCAGAUUCAUGGUAUUCAAGUCGAAAAACUCAGUCAUUCUUUGAUGACGAAUCAUCGGGAAGCAGAACUCCUGUGACAAAUCCCGGGCCAAGGUCACAGCGUACAGCGGAUAUCGAAACCAACAGAACUGGAUCCAAAAUUCCUGCCGACAGUACGGAAGCAGGCUCGUCGGAACCUCGAAGAAAGAACAACUGGCGAUGGGGUGUGCCAAUGUCCCAAUUAAAAACCCCUACAAGAAAUCCCACAAACGGCCCCAAACCUCGAGAAGGCCAUGGCAAAUCCCGAUCCAGCAUUGUAUCUAUUCAAAGUCCAGUGUCUUCCGGGAAUUUGGCGAUCAAAUCGGCUGCCAAGCCGACGACAAGUAUAGGCGUCAGAGUCGUGCGAGCUACUAGACCAGGCUCCAAAGGUACAACUAACCCGGCUGCAAUCAUUCCCACAGUGCCGUUGGCACAGGUUCCUUCCAUUCCAUCAACAGCUCUAUCUCCUUCAAGGUCAAGCCCAAACCCGGCUGCGAUCAUUCCCACGUUAGAACAGAUUCAUCCCGGUCGAUCGACAGCUCCAUCUCCUACGAGGCCAAGCCCGAGCCAAGAACCUGUCAAACGUGCCCCAACACCCAUUGAUUCUUGCGAUAUCGCAUUGGCAACGGCAAAGGUUGAUUCUGCUCUGAAAAAUCAUCUACGUACUGUUUACGAAUCCCAUGCUUAUCUUGUUAAAGCUUCCCUGCGCAGAAAUAGACAGGCACUUGAGCGUGAAAUACGUGAGAACAACAGUAAUAGAAGAGCGGGUAGAUCAAACACGCCUGACCCUCAAAAGUUUGUUCAAACGUCAUCACCUUUCAAGAACAUGAUACCAGUGCAUGCUCCUUUUACCAAAACCGGUGAGGAUGGACAUGAAUCGUCGCGUCACUAUCUUCAAGAUCUGUUCAAUAACCCUCGCAGCAAAACCGGGUCUAAGUCGAGAAUAACGACUCGUCUGACGGGAUUCAAAUCUACUGCUGUUCUCAUUCCACUGUUUCGGGAAUAUGUCCCCUUGAAGAACAAUAUACUCGCUCACAACCAGACAAAACUCUUCAAUUGGCCAUAUUUCCCAGAUGAGGAUGAACGACUCCCCAUGAAAGCUGAAUUGAUGGAUCGUUACAGAGUAAAGAACCUGAGACCUUCGUGGGACGAUAGUUUGAUAGAUGUGCAUCGAUUCUAUGGCCCGAGCAUAGAGGCCUUUCUGAAAGAGAUUGGUAUCGAGUGGCAAGAUGUUAUGUCUUUUCUAUUGGCUCCAUAUGAAGAGAUCAAGCGAAUCAACAACCAAAAUGAACAUAGCCGUGGGGAAUAUGAGAAGAAGAUCUCGAAGCGCCAAUCUCAUUGGGAGGCCAAUCUCCAAAUUAACCAAGAAAAGUGGGAAGAUCUCAUGGAGUCGCUACCCCCAUUGUCCACACAUAAACUCAGGCUUGCGGCACUCGCAUGCGAUGCAUACCUCGAACAGUCGAGCUUCAAGCUUUGGCAUCUGGCGCGAAGAAGCGAGUUUGUGAAAUCCAGCAUUAUACAGCGCUUGCGAGGAAACAUCAGCACCGCGGAAACAGAAUUUCGCUACCGGAAUUAUGCAUGUAGAAUUUGUCACAUGCAUAACUGCCCAUACCAUGGUGCUUUCGAAGAGACCCCUGAAGCAUUCGAUGAUACAAUAGUACCACAAGAUGCGCACAGUACUAGCAGAACUGGAUCGGUACUGGGCGGCUCGGACAAUGAAGAUGUAGGCUCCAGUAACGACAACAUCACUUCGAACGCCAAACCUACCUCGGAUUCGGAGUCAGAGUGGGAAUCGGACUCUGAUAUCGAAGUGGUGACGAACUACAGACGACAUGUAAACACGCAUGGAGAUCUACGGUAUACGAGACCCAACAACAAAUACCAGGGCUUUACAGCUAUACCGCCCCCUGGAGAAUUCAAGGCGACCUGGUGGAAAAAUAAGACCGUGGCCGGAGAGUGGGCGAAACGCACACCUUUUUUCCCAUGUGAACAUGAAGGUCCGUGUGACCAGGCGCAAUGUCGAUGCUAUCGACAUGGCAUUACUUGCGAAAAAACAUGUUCUUGCGCGGAUUCAUGCAAGAGACGUUUUCCAGGCUGUUCCUGCGCACAGUCUGCGAAUGCAAAACAAAACCCAUGUAGAACUCCGAAAUGUCCCUGUUUCAGCCUGGGUCGGGAAUGUGAUGCAGAUCUCUGUGCUGAUUGCGGUGUAGCUGAGAUAUUAGACCCCGCCAAUCGCUACAGCGAAGGAUUUGCAAAAGCUUGCGGAAAUGCUGCUAUACAAAGGGGUGUCCCGCUGAAGACUUAUAUAGGGCACUCUGAGGUUCACGGGUUUGGAUUGUAUGCAGGGGAAGACAUACACAAAGACGAUUUCAUCGGAGAGUACGUCGGCGAAGUAAUCUCUAACUCAGAAGGUGAACGGCGAGGUGUCAUCUAUACUCAUCAGCAAGCGAUGUAUCUAUUCAGAUUGAAUUCUGAACAGGACAUCGAUUCAACACACUUCAGCAAUAAAACUCGCUUCAUCAACAACGCAAACCUUGAUUACACCAACUGCAGCUCAUCAGAUAAACUGUGCAAUGGUGUGCAGCGCAUUGGUAUUUAUGCCAGCGUUAACAUCAAGGCCGGUACGGAGUUGUUCUUCCAUUACGGGUACUCGGAACAGGAAAUGAAGAACUUCAAACAGCCUGCUCGAAGGAAGAACAAGAAUAAUAUCAGCACAGAUGACCGACCCCAAUCCCCUCUACCAACAGCGACUGUGUCUAUGAAUGGCGCGGUCAGAUCUGCACGAACAGACAAUCAUAUAUCCGUCCGUCGUAGUAGGACACACGAAAUCCCCGAUAGCGAUAACGACGAUGAAGAGGGGGAGCAGUCCUCGCACCGAACACAAAGUAAUGCACAUGAUGACAGUGAGGAAAAUUCAGGUGCUCGUUCUGCAGCACAGACUCGUGCACAGAGUAUGGCGCCCGGGGGGCGAUCAGCAAACCGUCGUGUAACGCGAAAUAGACGACUGGUAGGAGUGACUGGGGAGUCGAGGAGAUCGACCUGGAGAGGGAAUCCAGGAGGAGCUCGGGCUGGAGUGAGCAAGCGAAAGAGGCACGGUGACGGAAUUGAAGAUGAAGAUUAG